AAAGCUAACUUGAAGACAUCACAAAAGCACCUGAUUUCUCUAAGAACGCCAUCAAUGGAGAUCUUGGAGUCAUGUGUGCCACCAGGCUUUAGAUUUCAUCCAACCGAGGAAGAACUUGUUGGGUAUUACCUUAAAAGGAAGAUCAACUCACAAAAGAUUGACUUAGAUGUCAUAAUGGAUAUUGAUCUUUACAAAAUGGAGCCAUGGGACAUUCAAGCUAAUUGUAAAUUUGGAUACGAAGAGCAAAAGGAGUGGUAUUUCUUUAGUCACAAAGACCGAAAAUACCCAACGGGAACUCGAACGAACCGAGCUACAAGUGCGGGAUUUUGGAAGGCCACAGGGAGGGAUAAGGCGGUUUUGUCAAAGAAUAGAGUGAUUGGGAUGAGAAAGACAUUGGUGUUUUAUAAAGGUCGAGCUCCAAAUGGUAGAAAAACUGACUGGAUUAUGCAUGAAUAUCGUCACCAAACCUCCGAACUUGCUCCUGUUCAGGAAGAAGGUUGGGUGGUUUGUAGAGCCUUCAAAAAGCCAAGCCCUACUCAAAACCAAGCCAUUGGAGCUUGGAAUAGCUAUCAACAUCAAGCCUUAUAUUAUGAUCUCAAAAACAACAACAACAAUAGUACAUUUUCAGAUGCCAUGAUUCCAACCCACAUGGUCAACUCCUCAGACCAACUCCCAAAUUAUCAUCUUCAACUACUACAACAACAACAACAAAAUUACCAACUCGUCCAAUUACCGAGUCUCGAGAGCCCGACGCUCUCAACGAACUUUGAGACUAACGAGACUAAGAGAAAUAACAAUAACAAUCACGACGACCCGUGCCUCGAAUGGAACGUUAAUUUGGACGACAUACUCUGUUCGUCGCAAAUUGUGGAAACGUCGUGUUCUUCUUACCCUAAUUUACCCGAAACUUUUGUUGACUUUUGUAAUGAUAUAUGA